AUGCGAACCCGUUCACGUACGCUUCGAGUUAGUCAAUCAAAUCGUCCAGGUAUUCAACUUCGCUCAAGGUAUCCGUCUAUUACCUUCAGAGAAAGGUCGAGUUCAACGUCCCAGAGCCCCCACUCAGCCUCAUCCGGAGUUAAAGUCAGUACCGAAUCUAAUUCAAAUUGUAAAAAUAACGAUCGUCCAAUAAAGCGAACUAAUAGCAGCCGCCAUCGUUACACAGAAGCAGAAGACUAUGCAAUUCUAGAUUAUGUUAUAACUCAGAAUUUGCUCAAAAAAAUUCGCCGUGUUGGCACUUGGAAAUCAAUGGAAAGUUCUGGUAUUUUUCUUCAUUCUGCUGAUUCUAUGCGACUUCGUUUCUUCAACAGUAUUAUUUAUCACUUCUCUGAGGUGUUGCACAGUACUGCGGAGGGAAAGGCAAAAUAUUCCGAUUCUUCUACCGUUAGGAAAAUCCAUUCAGAACUUCUUGCAUCUUCUCGAAGUCCCAAAAACAAUCCUGAUGAUUCUUCUCCUCUCGCUUUAUCGGAUCUUUCCUAUUAUACUAGUGAUGAAUCACCUUACGAUAAUUCAAACAUCAAGUCGAAGUUAUUGAGCCCGAAAGACAGGCCAAAAUCACCAAGUCUACGAAAGUCGCCCCUUCUGCAACUACCAAUUAAAUUAGUGGAUUAUGAUGAUUCUCAAUCUAGUCAGACUCCUCUGAAGGACAUCCCUAAGACGCCUAUCAAAUCUGCGAAACCUUUGACAUCUCGGAGAUUAUCUCUAAGCAGUCCAUCAGAUCAGCAAAGAAGUCUUAGACCUCGACAUCGUUUAUUCACCUAUCGUGAUGAUUCAGAUGAUGACAUUGUGCUUAUUACAGAAUCGCCUUCUCGAUCCCCGGCAAGAAAUAAAAGGCAGAUGAUCCAUAAGACUGGGACAUCGACUAAAUCUCAUGCGCAGCGCUCGUCUUCGAAAAGAAUUGUUAGUCAAAAUGCCAGGGAAGUAGACGAUGAGGAUUUUUUUUCAAUGGACUCUGACUCUUCGAAAAAGUCGAAACGGCGUCGGGUUAGUUUUGAAACUGACCAAAUAAAUUUGAACAAAAAUAAGCUGCCAUCUCCGAAACGCGCUUCUGUGGAGGGAGUAACUGCGCCCCAUAUUAUAGAAGUGAUUCCAGACACAUUUACCGAGUCUAAUCCAGAUGGUCCUAUCUUAAUCUCUGGCUUAGGGGAACAAUCUCAUUCUUCUCAGCGAUUGUCUGUUGCUUCAGACAGUGACUCUUCGAAGUUCCCUCUAAUGCAUGCCCAACCUCGAGUUUCUAACGAUGUUCUCCUCUCCCGCGCUGUGCAUUUCACUCGUCAGCUCGACUCCUUUACCCGGCAACAUAAACUCACUCCCGAAGCUGCUACCAUUUUACUCCAUACCUCGAGUGGAGACACUGAAGUGGCUUCCAAGUACCUGGAAACAUCCGGUAAUUGUACUCUUUGGCUCCCUAGAGAUGAUUCUCAUCUCCUAUCCACCUCGGUCUCCGACGUUCAAACACUUAUUUCUAAAUUUGGCCAAUUUGAAGUCUCUCGUCGUCUCAUCUACCUUACUGACCAGUCUCUCUUUUCUUAG